AUGGUUUGCAGAUUUAUAUUUCAUACUCUGGUGCUUCACACGUUUAUUUUUACUUUCACAUCUGACGUGCAGCAAUAUGGCCAGCGAAGGGGGCCCGGGGCGGCGCAGCCCGAGCUCCCCCAGCAGCACCUGCGGGGCCAGGCCCGGCCAGGCCGCGUUCCGCCGCCCGGGGAUGGCCGGGGGCAGGGCCGGGGGGAGCCGAGGGGACCCGGCAGCCCCUGCCCGCCCUGCCCGGCCCGGCAGCCAUGUUGGGGCGGCCUGGAGGCGGCACCGGGGCUGCCCGGGGGGACGAGCGGCCCUGACUCCCCCCAGCCAGGCUCCAUCCCAAGGGGUCCACCCUCCGCAGGUGCCGGAGCCGCGGCGGGCGGAGCCGGGUCCUCUGGGCUCCCACUCGGCUCCCCCCUGCCCGGAGCCCCCUCUCCACGCCGGUCCUGCCGAGCGCCCGCCCCGCUGACCCCUUCCCUCCCUCCCGGGCUGGCGCGGGCGGCCCCGCUGCUCACCCCACCCCGAGGGCGCUCACCUCCUCCUCUUCCUCCUCCUCCUCCUCCUCUUCCUCCUCCUCCUCCUCACUCCCGCCUGGAGACCGUCGGCACCGACGCGCCGCCGUGCCGGCCCCUCCCUCGGCUCAGAGCCGGCCCCCCCUCCCGCCCCGCCGCCCGGGGACCCUCCCUGCCCGCGGGGAGAGGGGACCCGCCACCCGGGGGGCUCCCACGGGAUGUCCCGGCUGAUGGAGCGGGGCUGGUGGGGGGGGUGAGGAGAAGGGAACCUGAGCGAAGUGAUGCGGAGGGGGAAACAAACCGUGCGAAGGAAGCGAGGAGACACUCAGGAAGAGUUUGGGAGGGGUGGAAGGGGAAGUCAAAAUGAGUAACAUCUAAUGGAGUGACAAAGCAAAAUUUCCACAGAGUACAGCUGUGAGAAGCAUCAACACCAGUAACUUGAGGAGUUAUGUAUUUUUUCCUGCUCUGGCUAGUCAGUGAUUAUGAAAGAGUGACGAGAAGGCUGAUUUGCAUAAGAAAUACCCUCAGGACAAUGCGGAGUUUUGUUUCACGAGUUUUUAGGUUCCAAAA